AUGGACAAGAAAGACAGAAAAAUAAAAUACAACGAAAUCCAAUUACUCGAGACAAUACUUUAUGAGCCACCUUCUGGAUUAUUCUUAAUCGACCGGCAUAUUGAUCGACUUUUACGAUCUGCUUCAUUUUUUGAAUUGAAAUUUAAAUCUCAAGAAGAUAAGAAUGAGAGUGAAAAAUUGCCAUUCGAGUUUGUAAAGAAUGUCGAAUCUCUUGAGGAGUUUAAAAAGUUUUUGUUGGGAGAAAUUGAUAAAUGUGUUAGAGUAGUUGUUGAUGUAGAUGGAAUUCCGAUGGUGACUAGUAGUACAUUUGAGUCAAAACCAGGCAACUCGAUAAUCAAAGUAAAAUUGGAUACAGAACCUACAAACUCUGAGAACAUUUUUCUUUUUCAUAAAACAACUCAUCGUAAAGUAUACGAUGUUGCUAGGAAAAGAGCUGGCAUUGAUCAAAACAACACCGAUAUAUUCGAUGUGAUUCUAUACAACGAAAAUUCAGAAAUAACCGAGUGUUCAAUUGCAAAUAUUGCAAUUGAGAUUCACGAUGAUAGGGCUAAUAAAUUUAAAUGGAAAACUCCUAAAAUAGAAUGUGGUCUUUUACCGGGUGUAAUGAGAGAGUAUUUACUUGAGACGAGAAAAGAAGAGUUUUUUGAGGGUGUUGUGUCAAUUGAAGACUUGAAAAGAGCUCAAAAGGAAGGACGAAGAAUUUUAUGUUUUAAUUCGGUUCGGAAAGAGUAUCAAGUUAUGUUGAUUGAUUAA